AGAAAAUGGUAUGGCCCUUGUUAAUUGUCGUGGGCCACUCUGAUGUUAAUUGUCGUGGCCCUUGUUUUUUGGUUUGCAGUUAGAGAAGCGGUAUUUGCGGAUGUGGCAGCUGCAUUUGAGACUUUCCUGGGUAAGAAAAUGAAAGAGGAUGAAGAAGAGGACGAGGGACCAGACGACGAAGGGCCGGAGGGCGGAGGGCCGGAGAAGGACGAGGGACCGGAGAAGGACGAGGGACCGGGGAAGGAGAAAGAAGAGGGAAAGAAACGAGCACCAGACUCUGCUUUGGAGGGUGGAAAGGCACCCAAGAUUUUGAAGGCAUAUUUAGCAUGCAUGGCUCUGUUGACCGCAUAUUACGUUGUGCAAAGCAUGGAGACAAUCCAAAUGCUUGUGUUGGUAUGGGUUGAGGCUUCUCAAAAAACUGGAGAAAGAAAGCUUUCUUAUAAUAUUGGUGAUGGAUUUGAACUGUCAGCGAUUCGCGAAUAGGGAAGGAAACACCGGCAGAAUAAAGUGUGUGUUUCCGUAUAUGUUGGUUUUACCUCCAUUGAUCUGUUUGAGUAGGAGAAUUGGUAUGAAUUUAGGAUUUUCUUCGAGGUAUGAUUGCUCAUGUGAACCAGAUCUGUUGUCCCGUAUAUCACCUGGCAAAUAAGAUUUCCAUUUAUAUUAAUUUUAAAAAAGUCAAUGAGGUAAA